AAUCAACAAUACUUCACAAUCACAAGCAUUAUAGGUCUGCCACGCCAGCCGUACGCUUAUCUGCUGCAAAAAUCUAUGCUUUCUUUCUAAGCUCAAUUUUAUAUUUUCCACAAUAAUAUUGCAUAGGCAUAGUCACUUGGCAUAGUACAGUCUACAAUGGUUGUCACUCGCAGAACUCCAGUAGUGCCAGCACCUCCAGUUUCCCGUACACCAUCUUCACAAGGUCAACCACGCUCAGUAAGAGCAUCUGUAAUACAGGACCCAUCUGUGGUACCUCAUGUGUCAAGCCCACUGGCAUCCGGAGACGCGCGCACCCCAGUUAUCAUCACCGGAGCCUCAAAUAACCUCAAAGAACAUAAUGACAAGGAUGAACACAAAAAAUUAAAGAAGAAAGACAAACCAAAGAAAUCAGGCAAAAAACGCAAAUCCACUAUCCAGUACUUUUUGGACUUCCUCACUAAGCUCCUCGUGCUCACUGUCACGGUCUACGUCUUUUCUGUCUGCCCUCGCGAGGCACAUCUCCAAUCCCCCGUUUGCCGCGGCCUAUCUGAGUACAAACGUGUUGUUCUCGACCCGUACGUUAUCCCACCAGUACAAGCUGCGCUUGCGCACCCCUCUAUCGCGCCAUAUGUGAACCGCGUUACGGAGAUUUCCAGCCCCAUUAUCUUUCGUAUGCAAACAGGGUGGACCGGACGUAUUGUUCCUCAGUGGGAGAAGCGCGUUGUUCCAUUUUGGAUUAAUCGCGUGGUCCCUACCUUCUCGACCUACGUUCUCCCCCAGUGGGAAAAGCGUGUUGUCACACAAUGGCAGAAAUAUGUUGUCCCUCAGUACGACAAGCACAUCGCGCCGCAAUUGAGCAAACUCGAACCUUACGUUGCGCGUACAGAGUUGUAUGUUGAGCAAGUGGAAACGACGUAUACGAUGCACGUAGCUCCGCACGUGCGUACUGCUAUUCAUAACCUGCAGCGAUGGCAGCAAAAAGCACAACCUUAUAUAAUCCUUGCCAUCCACAAAACUCAGGAUACUUAUUACGCAGCAAAGCCCCACGCGGUGCCUUUGGCAAAGAGACUCGGUGUUGAGGUGCAACAUGCGCUUUUGUUCUUAAGGGAACAGAGACGGAUCUUUGUCGACCCCCAUGUGGCCAAAUUGUGGGAUAAAGUCAAGGAGUUGAGCCGCGGCUCACCAACAACUGCAGCGUCUCCUUUUGCUCCUUCCGACGCAACAGACUUCCCAACCCCAGAACAUGCUAUUUCUGAGACAUUGGAGCUGGAGUCAAUUUACAAGUCGAACAUACCCACAUCCGCAGAUCAACCUCCUGUGGAAACAGAUACACCGUGCGACAAAGUGACGGAGACAGACGUUGGAGCACUUUCAAACGAAGAUGCAAUGACGGCCGCAGAAACCGAGAUACCCGCCGCAUUCGACGACGUACCGAUUGCACACAUCACCUCACAACAGGCAUCUGCGUCCUCUUCUCACUCUCCCUCGAGCUCUGUGCCAACACCAGUGCAACCUUCCCAGAGUGUGUCGUCCCUCUUAUCAGAGAGUGCACCAGUCACUUCGUCGACCGUAUCUGUUGUUGUCGAUGGUGUAAGUUCAUCUAUCACUUCCGAAGCCCCCACUGGCUCUGCCGCCUCUAGCUCGGUCCUUACACAUAUCAGUGACGACGAUGAGAUCGACAUUAUCGCAUUUUACGCCGAACUUGGGCUCGAUGAACCGUUAGCCACAUCCCAAUCUCACGAGCAAAUUCCCCUCAAUCCUCCAGAGUCAGAGGAAGAGCGCGCUGAACGGUUACGCCUGAAAGCUGAAGAGACUGCCCGUAAACGUGCUGACAUUGAGGCCCGCCACUUCAAGUGGGAGACCGAACUUCGGUCUCAAGUGGAGACUAGCUCGUCUACGCUCAAGGACAGACUUGGAGCAAUCAGGAGCGCUGCUGCUGCCGAGCUUGCAGAGGCGCCUGAUAUUCGAGAUGCCAUUGAAAACCUUGUUGCUGACGCAGAGAAGUAUAUUAAAGGCGCCGAGAUCUAUCUCAGGAAUUUAAGGGCAGAGAUUCGGAAGAACGAAGAGAAGAUGCCGCUCUGGGAAAGAGUGGUUGAGAAGGUUGGCAUGAAGUUUUCAGAGCGUCUUGGGGUUGUAGAGGCCGUGGUCAACACGUGGUACGGUGCUAUCCUCGAUCAGGAGCUGCACGAGGUUUACGCUGUGACUGCCAAAGUUCGCGAAGUUGCGGAAAAAGCCCAAGUCGACCUAGGGCUCGAUUAUGCUUGGCUAGACGAAGUGACGUAUUCGGACUGGCAGCGGUACCAUUCCCUGAUUGAUGCCAGCGAUAAAUUCGCUCAGGAAGCACACUUGAUACAAAAUGGCACGCAUGAGAAUUUGAUCAUGGAUAACCCGAUCAUUCCUAUCUUUAAGGACCUUGAAUCGGAGGUCCAAGAUGUCGUGAUUGGAUUUGAAACGCGCUUGAGGCGCAUAAAACGCGACGGCGAGCGUGCAUUCAAUAGUGUCCAAAAGGACGAGGAGAAAAUAGCUACUGGUGCGGAGCGUGAUGUUGGGCCAGGGGUCUCGAUUCUUCCGAUACCGGAGGAAGGUGCAGGCGAGCGCGCGUAUGUUCCCCCAGUUAUCAUUGGACGGAGCAAAGAGGAAGUGCUGGAGGCACUUGGGAAGGUUGAGCCUCUAGAGAAAAGUUCGGGGGACAAUGCUCGUGAACACACGGACGCAGGAGAAAUUGUGUCGAGUCUGAUUCGCGAGGCAGAGGAGGAGCAUUCGGAGAGCACUGCUAUUCCUCACACAGAGCUAUGAAUUAUGAACUGUGUCAUGUCUGGAUUAUUUAUGACAUCUACUAUGUUUACAACCUUGCAUUCCUCCUUAUUUCUUUCUACUAGUACUCAUGCAUAUGGCAUAUGAAUCACAAUCGUCCUAGCUGUGGUGUACAGCCGCAUCAAUUCUGAAAGGAGGUCGUUUGCCGUUCUGUUAUGGUUUUGGGCGUUCACGGCUGUUCAAUU